GGAGUAUAGCAAUGGAUCUAAGAACCAAACCAUGGCUUUAUACUCUGAUAUGAGGGCUUAAAUAUUAAUGCACGUAUCUAAUGACCGAAAAUAUUUUUGACAUUGUUUUAAAGGAUAUCGAGGAUUUAAACAGUACAGAAAAGAUGUUAAUCUGGGGGAAUUAAAUUCUUAUUUCCCAGUCUUUGUAAACAUGAGGCUUAGUAGAAAACGGACGCUAGUUUAGAUAUGUGGAUUUCUAGUUCUGGAAUUAUAUGGAAAUUUCUCAUUUCUGUGGGUGUAUUGUUUGAGUGCUUGUCCUAUGUAAAUGCAGGAUGCGGAGGUUAUAUUGAGCUGACGGCUGGGGAGACCCGGUCUAUAGCCUCAGGCAGUUCUUAUGGUGCCUACUCUAAUUGUAUAUGGAUCGUUAAAUCACCUGAUCAGUAUCUGGUCAAUAUAGACCUUACCUUUAAGGGCGAAAAGUCUUCCACUGGCGCCUGUGAGGAUUACAUAGUUAUAACAGAUGGGUCUGCUUCUGCCAAUGAAAUCCUAAAUACUUGUGAUGACCAAACAAACGCGGUGCAUAAUUCUUCGGCACGAUGGAUGUACAUACAAUUCAAAGCUGAUGGUGCUGACACAACACAGGGUCUUACAGCCACCCUGACCACUGUAUAUACAGGUUCCAGUUAUAGCAGUGUCACAGAUCCUGUACCGAAAUGUAAAUCUCACCAGUUCUCCUGCUCAAACAAGCGCUGUAUAACGAGGUCGUACCGGUGUGAUGGCUUCAAUGAUUGUGGUUGUGAAGUGGACUGCGAUGAACAAAAUUGUGACGGCAUUUCAAUGGAAAAAGGUGCCUAUAUGGGCCUCGGUGUAGGUUUAGGAGUAGCUAUGUUUGUAGGUUGCUUUAUUGGCGUAUUUACGUACGAAAAACGUCGAAAGCUGAAAGCAAUGCGAGAGGAGGAAGAAUCCCAGAGGGCGGCCAGGGGUCGGCGGGGGCGAGCUAAGGACAGCAAGAAAAGCAAAGACGACAAAGAUAAGGAUAAAAAAGUGGCCUGGCAUAGUUAGUACACCCACCGCCACAUUGCCAAGUUCCUCUCGUGCUUCGUUAAUCAGUUCCAGAUCUCGAUCCCGAGAUUUUAUUUUUCGCUGUUAUGUGACAGUCAAUAUACUCGCAACAUGGCAUAUUUGGAUUUUAUUAUUAUUUUAUAUUUGAUAAGUACCAUGGCUAACAGUCUGAAAAAAAAAUGAAGAUGAAAUAAAAUGUUUAUCUUUUAGAGAAACUAAACUAUCGUUUUUUCGAUGCUUGCUUCUUUAGGUUCAUAAAAAUAAAAGAUGUGUUAAAAGUGUGUGUGAGGGUGAAUGUGUGUGUGUGAGUUUUCAACAAAUCAUGUUUAAAUAUUUCCAAGGUUUGUAAUGAUGAAUUGUUUUCUUUACUUGUUUGCAUUUCAUCAGUUUGAUCUUGAAUCAAAUUAAUCUGAAAAGUCAGAUUGUAUCCUGAUUUUUACCCCCAAAAAUUGAUAAGAUUGUAGAUUAAUUACAUUUUACACCUUUCACGAUGUCAUUUGUUAUUGUUGCAUGACUUCACACCUGUACUGUUACCCAAAAUUCACUAUCCCAUUACAUACUAAAGGUUUGAAAUCAGCAAUGACAUACUGUGUGUAUUUUUCAGCUUAUGCUGUUAAAUUAUUUUUUCAUAAACCUAAAUGUUUUGUAUGAUGAUGUAUACCACGAUGUGGAGUUAUGAAUAAUAACAUGUUAUGUUUAAGAGAAAUAAAUGA